AUGAGUGAAUCUACGACGUUUAAUUUUAAGGAUAUAUUUCCCAAAUGUAUGAAUGACUUCAAUAAACAUGCUAAGGAUAAAAAACAUAAACCUUAUGAUGAUUAUUCAAAUUACUGUAAUAAAUUGAGUAUAAAAAAAGCAUGUAAUAUUAAUGGGCAGGAUUAUAAUAGAUCUUGUAUGGAUAUUCUUUAUUAUUUAAAUUAUAUAAAUAUUAAUAUAUCCAAGGACGAAGCAUAUCUAGAACAAGGUUGUAAAUAUUUACAUUAUAAGCUAAAAGAUCUAUUUGAAAAAUUCAAAUGCCCUUGUAAUGACCCAAAAAUAUGCUAUAAUGAAAUGAAGAAUCUAAGCGAAUCCCUAAACUUCAAUAUGAUUUCAAAUUUAUUAGGUCAUUGUAGUGAUUAUCCUAUUGAUCUUAAUGAAGAUAUAUUACAAAUGUUUAAGGAUAUUGAUAUACUAAAUGACAAAUAUAACAUAUUUGUUAGCACCCAAGCACCAAAUGUUUCGAAAUUUGAGGCCUUAAGACAACAUAUACAAUACUUAGAAAAGUAUAAAAGCAAUAAUAACACGACUUUUAUAUCAUUACUUGAAUAUUUUAAUAAUUCAUUCAUACAAUAUAUUAAGAGUUUAAAUCCUACGGUUUUUGGUGUCGAUGGAUUCUUACGUACGAUCUCGGAGAAAGAGAAAACUAAAGGAUUAUUGACAGUAGUAGAAAAAGAUAAACGUGUUGAUAAUUCUAGAGAAAUAGUUUCUUCUGUACAAAUGGAUGCUAUAAUCGGUACAGAUAGUGGCACACAAAUAAGUACAGGAAUAAUAUUUUCAUUUUUUGCAUUAUUGAUAAAUAUGUUCAUCUUGUAUAAGGACUUAAUUGGUUUAUAUGAAAGUAAGUGA